ACCAGAAAGGGUGAACGGAGUAAUAACAUAACAAAUAAUAUACGUACGGCACAAAUAUAAAUUUUAUUUACAAAUGAAUUUGUGAAUUAUCACUGUUACUUGUUUUUGUUUAGUGGUGGCUUGCUUCUUUUAGUGGUGUUACUAAACAUUUUUAUAGAAAAACAUCAAUAAAUUCUCGGUGUAAAAGCAAUGUUAUUACCUUUAACAUGUUUUGGAAGUAAUUCAUCAAAAACACGUUGUAAAUUACAUGACACAAAUACAGAAAUGUUUGGUAACACUGGUGGCGGGUAUUAUGGCAACAAUCAAAAUAAUGGUGGUAUAUGGCGAUUACCAUUAUUUAUAGCAUUUUAUAUUGUAUUUCUAAUAUUGGGUGCCGCAAUAUUUAGUGCAAUUGAAGGUCCGCAAGAAAUGCAAAAAGUGAAGAGUUUAAAACAAAUGCGUGCUGACUUUUUAGAAGAAUAUCCAUGUGUACCAGAUGAGACAUCAAAAAAAUUAAUUUCUCGUGGUACUGAAUUUAUUGCGUUACACUCUUUUUGA